UGACUCAUUCGUCCAUUAACUCCAAUAUCUGUGUAGUAUUUAAGUCAAAUAUCAUUAUUCUUACUUCAUGUGUGAGUGUGACACUGACUCUGUGAGGGCGUCAUAGCACGGUUUAGUGUCUGCGUAGAGCCAUCCACAUUCAAUUUAUAACUGUCGUCAUGGUUGGACAGAAAAUGUGGUCUUUGAUGUUGGUCGGACUGUUAAUCGCAUCUUCCGCCAAUGCCGGACCGAUCGCAGCCGGAAUUUGCUAUGCCGGAUGUGCUGGCGUGACAGUUGCGUGCUUCUCUGCCGCUGGGUUUACGUUUGGCACCGUUCCCGGAGCACUGAUUGCCGCUACACCCGCAUUGGCUGCAUGCAACGCUGCAUUUGGGGUGUGUGAAGCUAGCUGCAUGGCAGCCUUAUUCGUACCCGUACCCUAGAUUAGGAUAUUAUUUUCUUUUUUAAAACUCGCAUAAUGAACUUUUUAUUUUUAAAUAUAUAUAGUUUUUUUUUUUUUUGUAAUUUCCAUACACAAACAUUUUGCGUUAGAGUGCACAUGGUAAAUCAUUUAAUCAUCAAAUAUAAAAAUUGUCUAAAAUAAAUGACGAGUGUUAUAAAUAAACCGCUUUGAUUUUCUUCGUUA